AUACAUAAAUACAUUACAUGGCUGAGCAUUGUCCAACCAUUGGGGGAUUAAGUGAAAACGGAUUCAACCCAGAGUUCGAUUUAAAGCAGCUUGUGCUUAACCCAAGCAAUUCCAUGCAUGUAUGGGGUUGGUUAGUUUCAGGGUUUUUAGUUCUAGUCACAAUCACUAUUGCUUCUCACACGAUCAACGAACAUCUUCACCAUUAUUGCACCCCAGAUAUACAACGCCAUAAAGUGCGAGUGGUUGCGUACCCUGCCGCCUAUGCAAUUUUAGCGUGGCUGUCCUAUUUAAAAUAUGAUUACGAGACUGUAAUUCUUUUCUUUGCACGUCUAUUCGAGUCUUUUGCUGUAUAUAACCUAUACAUGUGCCUGCAGUCUUAUCUUCAACCUUACAGAACUAUAAACGAGGGUAAAAAAGAAGCGAUCGCGACAAAAGUGCUAGGUGUUUACACAUUUAGAUUAAAAUCGAAAUGGGGGCUUCAUUUUAGAGUCAUUACAGAUAUUCUAGUACUUCAGUUCCCGAUAUGGAAUAUUAUUUCUGCUUUAAUCUCAAUUUUUGCUCAGAUCAAAGGCAUUUAUUGUGAUGGCCAGUUUAGUCCAAAAGGUGCGUAUAUUUACUUGGCAAGCUUACAGUUUAUUUCCUUGUCCAUCAUCUUGAUGGCAUUAUUCACUUAUUUAUCUGUAUACAACACGGAGUGGAAAGAUGGUAAUAUUCGUGCGCAUGGUAUGUUUUGGUGUGUCAAAGGCCCCAUCAUGGUAAUAUUCUACUUUGGUGAUAUAUUACUAGCAAUUCUUGGUUACUUUAAAGUGAUUAAAGAUAAACCAGCAACUACCACAUCUGGCACUUAUUGGCCUGCAGCUGCUAUCAAAAAUGGAUACUACGUUUUAAUUAUCUGCAUUUGUAUGGCUGUCGUUGCCAUGCUCAUGCAAAUUUAUUUUGGUUUAGAUGCCAAAGAAUAUCAAACGGAAGAACCGGAUUACUCUUAUUUUGAUGCUGUAUCGGACGGCUUUUUAGCUUAUAUCCCCCAAUUUAUCAAAAAUGUAUUCAUGUGCGGAGGUGAUACUGUUUUGAGAAAAAAUAGAAGAUUAAGCGACGAUGAGCGAAAUCUUUUGGCUGCCAAUAAAGAUUUGGAAAAUAAUCCGUCAAUACAUGAAUAUUUAUCUCAGCCCUUGCCUGCGUUACAAAACAAUAAAUACGAUCAAGAUACAAGACAGUAUCAGCAUAACUUCAAUGCUUUACCUCUAGAGCCACUAGGUGGAAAUAAUACAACAUCAACAGCCGAGGAGAAAGAAACAACAUCUCAGCAUCAAUUAGACAAUUUAGCCAUCAUAUCACCCCAGGUACCAGCAAUGCAAUCGCGAACAUUAAAUAGAAACGACGAAAUAAAUCUAGAGUCUUUAAAUCAAUCAACUCAUUUCGUUCCUCAUGAGCUAGAGCGUAAAUAACAACAGACUGAUAUGGAUUGGAACCGAAAUUUUAAAGCAUAGAGUACCAUCUACCCCACCUCAUCCCCCCCCCUUUUUUUUUUGUAGAGGAAUAAAUAAAGUUUAACUCCACAUUCUCUAUCCUGACAUAAUAGUCAAUAA